UUCUCUGUACAGUUAGAAACGAAAUAAAUUCUUCAGCCCUUUGGCUUUAACAUCGGGAAUGAUGAUAUUAUUUUUCGAUAUAUGAAAGUAAUGCUGUUCAUUUCAAUUAUUUUGUGGGAUUUCAGCAAUAUAGUUCGUUGAAUUUUUUUUAAAUGGCUAGCAUUGUAAACAGGUAAUAUCAGAGCGAGUACUUUCUAAAUAAGAAGUCCACAAGCCUUUGUGCAACCAAGCUGUCUGCUUAUUGGUGAUGUUUUGUACUUUUCCUGUUUGUGGUGCAGGAGAAAUUAUCAGCGGAAAAACUGGCGCAAGAACGGAUCAGAACCUCCCCGGUGUUUCAUAUGCAACUGUUAAAAAUCUACCAUGGAGAAUUCCACUACAAUAGUAUUUAUUCUACAAAGACUGAAUGAAACGAUGUCUACCAAACACACAUACUUUGCUGUCACUUUACUCGUUUACCUUUUUACUAUUUUCGUGAAUGUGACUUUGAUCAUGACAAUUAUUUUGGAGAGAACGCUCCAUGAGCCCAUGUUUAUUUUCCUAUGCAGCUUGUGUGUAAAUGGGAUAUUAGGUGCCUGUACAUUUUAUCCUAAAAUACUGGUAGACCUUUCAUCUGACGUGAGUGUUACUUCGUAUGAAGCUUGUCUGAGUCAAAUUUUUGUAUUAUACAGCUACGCCUGCUGCGAAUUUACUACGUUAGCAAUGAUGGCUUUUGACAGGUAUAUCGCGAUAUGCAAGCCGCUCAAUUACCACUCCAUCAUCACGCCUCGAAAGGUGAUGAAAUUGCUGAUUUUUACCUGGCUUUUAUCCAUCUGUGAAUCUGGUUUUGCGGUUGUCAUGAUAGCCAGAGUACCUCUCUGUGGAUUCUACAUCGACAAAAUUUACUGCACACUUUGGGCAGUUGCAAAGCUGUCAUGCGUGGAUAUGACUAUCAACAACGUAUACGGGACAAUUCUCUCGGUUCUUCACGUUGCACAGGUUGUGCUGAUCUUGAUUUCCUAUGUUGAUAUCGUCAAAGCCGCUGUGCGAUCGCAAGAAGAACGGAAUAAGUUCAUGCAGACCUGUUUGCCACAUUUAAUAUCAUUGGCCAACUUUUCAGUCGCAGUUGGUUUUGAUCUAUUUUAUGCUCGCUAUGGUCCCGCAAGCCGUCUGCACGCUCUCCGCAAUUUCAUGUCCCUGGAGUACCUCCUUGUUCCACCGAUUCUGAAUCCCCUCAUCUAUGGCCUGAAACUGAACCAGAUCCGCAGGAGAAUCUUUAGGAUUUGCAGCCAGAAAAAACGUACUUUAAAGUGAAUGUUUGGAGUAUACUUUGUCCAAGCUGGAAAAGCAAUAUCCCGCCUACAAAUGUUUUCAUAUAAAUUACAACAGGCCAAAAAGUAUCUCUAAACAGCUGAACAUAAGGAUUCUAAGAUGCAGCACAGUUUUAGAUAUUCCCGGAAGUAAUAUAAGCCUGUCUUGGUCUAGUGGCCUAGUUUGAUUUACAUUAUGUUUUAGUUAUAUGUAAAUUUUUGUGGUUCAUGGGUUGCGUUGCCUUCCCUUGUGUAGAAAAAGUUUGUCUUUACGGAACAUUUGGAGUUGAAAAGCCCAGUCAGAUACAAACUGGAAUGAGUCUCGUGUUUGCCAGUGUUGCCACUGAUAUUCAUAUCCACGCAAGACAGUAAAAAUAUAGAUUGAGUUUUUAAUUGCAGGAAGAACAACAGCAAAAAAACUCAGAAUGUUCCUGUGUUUCUCCAAAAUUAGCCCUUCUCUUAGAUAUUGUCACAGAUAUAACUGAAAAAUAUGUAUA